AUCAGAGGGCCUACCAGCUGCUCAGCAUAUACGGAGCUGUUGAUGCUGUGUCAUUUGUUUGUCUGCCAUACUUCAUGGCUCCGCUUCUUAGGGGAGCUUGGUGUAGGUAUUAUGUGCUCUCUGCGUGUACUGCCCCUGACCCUGCUCCAAGUUAUGAUGGCCCUGCAGACAGGGCCUCCUCGUCCCCAUUCAGUGAUUCUAUCUCACUCUUUUGGGGUAUGUUUCUUCAUGUUUAACUGAGGUGUCUCUCAUAGGCUAGGCCACUGACAUCUGUUUUGGACCAUCUCAGCGUCCUUAGUACCAUGUAUCAAGGAGUAUUUCUAAGUCUCUUUUUUUGCUCUCCUGGAACAGGGGAUGGUCUAGGUCUCGGGAUCUACCACUAUUCCCAUCUAAGCACAGGGCACUUCUACAAGCAUCAAAGCCAGGAGAAAUCCCACUGAGAAUGGGUACUACACCUUGCAUUCCAGAUUUACUCAACUCUCAAAGAGUGAUUGAUUGUAGUAAUAACCCUAAUUUAUCCACACCUUCUUGUAAAAUUUGCCUUGUAGCUUCUGCACUGACUCUGGGCUUGACCAUGUGGAAUGCUUUGGCCAAUGAAAGACUACGUAGUGUGAUGCAAGAAGAGAUUUGAAACGUACGUGUGCAUUGGACUUGCCCUCUUGCUGCUCUUGGAAUCCUGCUGGUUUAGUCUUCUGGAGAAUGAGAGACCACAUGAGGCAGACACAAGCUGUCCCACUUGGGGUCAUCUUAGCUCCCAAAGAGAAGACCAACCUUCACAAAAGUCACCCUAGUUUUCCCAAGCCACUUCUUGCCUCAUUGCUGAUACUUCUGCUACUAUUGGCAAUCUCAUUUUUGAUCGCUUUUAUCUUUUUUUUCCAAAAAUGUUCUUAUAUUCCUAAAGAAAAAAAGACUACAAAAGAAGUCCCUCACACAGUAUUGGAAUGUAUGAAAGAAAAUUCGACCACAGAAGGGAAAGACUGGAGUUGCUGCCCAAAGAAUUGGACGUCAUUUAGUUCUAACUGCUAUUUUAUUUCUACUGAACAAAAUAUUUGGGAUGAGAGUGAGAAGAGAUGCUCAAGAAUGGAAGCUCACCUGCUGGUGAUCAACACCAAGGAUGAGCAGGAUAUCAUCACCCGGAAACUGAAACUAACUUCUGUUUAUUAUGUGGGGCUGUCAGACCCAGAGGGGAAAAGACAUUGGCAAUGGGUCGAUCAGACACCAUACAAUGAAAGUGCCACAUUCUGGCACAGGGGUGAACCCAAUAAUCCUUAUGAGCGUUGCGUUGUGCUAAAUGCUCGUUCAGGAGAAUGGGGCUGGAAUGAUGUUCCUUGUAAUGACCAUCACAAGUCUAUUUGCAAGAUGAUGAAGAUCUACUUAUGAAUGGAACAUUCUCCAUGACCGUGAGGUUGAAUUGGUAUCCACCAUCACAGAGAUAGCUAAUAUGUUCUUUUUUUAAAAAAUUUAAUUUUAUUUACUUUUUAUACAGCAGGUUCUUAUUAGUUAUCUAUUUUAUACAUAUUAGUGUAUAUAUGUCAAUCCCAAUCUCCCAGUUCAUCCCACCACCCCCCCCCCCCCAGCACUUCCCCCCUUGGU